GAAAUUGGACUGGCAUCUCUGGGAGCUCCGGAUGAUUUCAUCGAGAAACUCGCUACGGUUUAUUGGUUUACGGUGGAGUUUGGACUAUGUAAGGAAGGCGAUUCACUCAAGGCAUACGGUGCAGGGCUGCUUUCUUCAUUUGGGGAGCUGCAGUAUUGUUUAUCAAGUAAGCCUGAGAUUCAGCCUCUUGUCCUGGAGAAGACUUCUGUGCAGAAGUACCCUGUUACUGAGUUCCAGCCUGUCUACUAUGUUGCAGAAAGUUUUAAAGAUGCAAAAGAAAAGCUAAGGAAAUUUGCUCAAACAAUCCCUCGUCCUUUCUCUGUUCGGUACAAUCCCUACACCCAGAGGAUUGAAGUCUUGGACAAUGCAAAGCAGCUGAAGAACUUAGCUGACACUAUCAAUAGUGAGAUGGGGAUCCUUUGUAAUGCCCUCCAAAAGUUAAAGUGAAGAUUCUCUGUAACUUGCUCAUCACUGGCUACUGACUAGAAGCUGCCUUGUGCAAAUGCCAGUCUUCAUCUAGCCUCAGUCUAUUAUCUUCCUGUGUACCACAUGAAUGCUUAUGUUAUGUAUCUUAAUUACUAUAGAUUAGUAGAGA